UCGAGAUACAGGUUCAGUGCGUUAGGUUCACACAUGCACGAAGAGAUUUGUUUGAAGACGUACUGAAACCUGAAGCCGGCUGGUUUAUUUACCAGCCAGUCCUUCACAGCUGUCAACCUGAGUCUCAAUAGCAGCUACUGUAAGUAGCUUGUGUGCACGAUGAAGAAUUUUUCAUUUCCUAUGCAAGAUAGCACACAUCAAACUGAAAGUCCUUCUCCUCACAGAUUCCUGAGCUUGACAAAUAAGUCAGAUCCUGGUGGAAGACCAGAAAGAGAUGAGCAAUUGGCUCAAGUAGAGAUCGCUGUGCUGGGGGUGAUAUUUCUGACAGCAUCUGUGGGCAAUUUUAUUCUCAUACUGGUACUGUGGAGAAGAAGAAAGAAGCUCUCUAGAAUGUAUGUAUUCAUGCUUCACCUCAGCAUAGCUGACUUAGUGGUAGCAUUUUUUCAAGUUUUGCCUCAGCUGAUUUGGGAUAUUACAGAUGUUUUCAUAGGACCGGAUUUCUUGUGCAGAGUUAUCAAGUAUUUACAGUUGCUGGGCAUGUUUGCUUCUACUUAUAUGAUAGUGGUCAUGACAGUGGACAGAUAUCAAGCAGUUUGCUACCCUAUGGUGACUUUUCAAAAGAAGAGAGCCCUGUGGAACAUUCCCGUUUGUACCAGCUGGUCUUUGUCACUGCUGCUUAGCCUCCCACAGGUAUUUAUCUUUUCUAAGACUGAAAUAUCUCCGGGCAUCUUUGAAUGUUGGGGUGAAUUUAUUCCACCAUGGGGCCCAAGAGCAUAUGUAACUUGGAUUUUUGUAGUUAUAUUCUUCAUUCCCUCAGCCAUCCUUAUUACAUGCCAGGUUAAGAUUUGCAAAAUAAUCAAAAGGAAUAUAUAUGUGAAAAAACAGAAUGAAUAUGAAGUACCAAAUCAGAAGCAAGUCCUGCCAUCCCGUGCAAGCAGUGUUAACUGUAUUUCAAAGGCUAUGAUCAAGACUGUAAAAAUGACUGUGGUGACAGUUUUUGCCUAUGUUCUUUGCUGGUCACCUUUCUUCAUUGCACAGCUGUGGUCCGUUUGGUUCCCAAGUGUUGUUACUGAAGGAUCAGCAUUCACCAUUAUCAUGCUCCUUGGCAACUUGAAUAGUUGUAUCAACCCCUGGAUUUACAUGUAUUUCUGUGGGCACAUUCCAUAUUGCAAAAGGAAGCAGCUGGAGAACACUUCAGCUCAAGAUGAAUCUGUGAUCACAGGAAGCAUUCAUCUGGUAGACAGAGACCCUGAGGAAAACAGCACUUUGGCAUAAAUGUGGAAUGCUUUUUGCUGUUUUGUUACAUUUGCUAUGUUUGCAAGUCAUAUCAAUAUUUUACCACUAUGCCUUGUU